GAGUUUAUGCCUUAUGGACUAGACAACCCCAUUUAUGAUCCAUUCAAUCACAUCAUCGAUAAGAAAGACGACGAAGCGCCAGUAAAACAUAUCGCUUUCCCAACGCCUCAUCAGAUAAGCGAUUCAGAGUAUGAAGCCCUCAUAAGCAAACUGAAUCACAAGCAGUAUCAGUUCCUUAAUGUCGUGCAAGACAGUCUAAUUGAAGGGGAAACUUUCUACUGCACACUUAGUGGUCCAGCAGGUACAGGCAAAAGUCACCUGAUUACGGCAAUAACCCAGUCGUUAUUGCGCCAUUUCAACUCAAUACCGGGAAAUAAUCCUGAAAGUUUAAAAGUGUUACUUUGUGCGCCUACAGGUAAAGCGGCAUUUAAUAUCGGAGGUAUAACCUUACAUGCGGCAUUAUCGUUACCCGUUAGUCAGUAUGGUGAAGAACUAAUUCCGUUACACCAUGACACCGUUAAUACUAUAUAUUGUAAUUUGUAUGACUUAAAAUUAAUUAUCAUAGAUGAAUAUUCCAUGGUUGGCGCCAGAUUGUUUGACCAUAUUAACAGUAGAUUGCAGCAAAUCUUUAAAUCUGACGCCAUCUUUGGAAAUAUUUCAAUAAUUUUAUGCGGCGAUAAUCGUCAAUUACCCCCAGUAAGGGAUAUGUAUAUUUUUUGCCCAGUAAAAACAAAUCCGUAUAAAGAAUUAUGCGGAACGUAUCUGUGGGAUCAUUUUAAAUAUUUUGAACUUUCAGAAAUAAUGAGACAGAGUGAAGAUAAGUCUUUUGCAGUUGCCCUCAAUAAUAUGGCGUUUGGUAAAAUGACCGACGAAGAUGUGCAAUUGAUCAAGUCCAGGGAAGUCGACAGUAUUGACCAAAUUCCUGAAGACACUAUGCAUUUAUUUUGCACCAAUGCAGAAGUAGAUACAUUCAAUGAAAUGAAACUGUCUACAUUUAAAACCGAGCGAGCCGUAGAUGCCAAAUAUAUGAUUUCAAUGAAUGUGGACACCAGUGAUGGAAUAGUCAAUGGUGCAACAGGCAUCCUACGUCAAAUAGACUAUGACCGAAGUAAAAUUCCAUUCAGAGUGUGGAUGGAGUUCUUCGAUUCCAAGUCAGGCCAGGAAUGCCGCAAGAGAAACGAAUCCCUUAGGAAGUCUAUGGGUGUGUUAUACACCUGGACGCCCAUAGAAAGAGCUGCCAGAGCUGUUAAAAUUCAAAAAGGCAGCAAUGUUUACGUUGAGCGUCUUCAGUUUCCUCUUAUAAUCAGUGAAGGAAUUACAAUCCACAAGAGUCAAGGUGCCACCUACAAACAGGUGGCUGUUCACAUUGGAAAUCGCAUGACGAGAACCAGUACCUAUGUUGCUUGUAGUCGGGCCACAAAGCUAAGUGGCCUCUACAUCAUUGGUAAGUUUAAGGCCCCUAAACCGGCAACCGAAAAGGAUGCUGCUUAUAAAGAACUGGAAAUUAAGAUUGAAGACGAUAUUACUACUUUGAUACAACUCUGGUACCGCUCUUUCCAAAAAUAGACUGCCAACCUGUGGAGAAUAUAG